AUGGCUAAGUCUGAUGCUACGAAAGUUGUUGAAAAACAGUCUUUGAAAGAAAAAUUGAAAAAUCUCAGAGAAAUAAACAUUGGUCGGAAGGGUAAUGUAUCUUCUGGAUCAGGGAAACGAAAGGUGAAUAUUGUCUCGGAAGAAAAUUAUGAUUUGAAUCCUAAUUCAGAAAAGGAAUUGAAAGAAAGAGAAAAACAUGACAAAAAGAUUUAUGCCUUAAGCACCUUAAAAACAAAAAUUAAAGCAGAAGAAGCUGAAGAGAAGAAUGUUAAGGAACCUCUUACUACAAAGAAGGUUAUGUUUCCGGAUGGGACUGUAUAUCGGAUUCAAAAAGAAGCAAUUGAUAAUCCGAAUUUGUUUUGGUUGGAACCUCAGACUUCUUUCUCAGUUAAGAACGAAAUGGAUUGUCAGUUGGAUUUUCCUAUUUCUGCUAAAGCCUUUCUAUUCUGA